AUGUGGAUCAAUGCUUUCCUUGUUUCUGUGCUUUGCAUUGGCUGGGUCAAAAAGAAAAUCCUGAACUCUAAUGAGAAGAUCUUGCUGCUACUGGGAUGUUGCAGGUUUUGGUAUUUAUGCAUCUCAUGGGUAUAUUAUUUUCUUUUAAUAAUACAUCCCAAUCACUUUUGUGUUCCUCUCCUACUUGAAUCUCUUGCAGGUUUUCAAACCUUUUUUAUUGUUCAAACAAUGGGUUUUAGCCUGUCUUUGCAUGUUUUUUAUUGUAUAAAAAUUGCCAAUUUCAGGAACAGGUUCUUCAUCUACCUGGAAGUAAAAAUUGACAAGAUUGUGCCAUGGCUCAUGUAAUCUGUGCUUUUGGCCUUUAUUUUCAGCAUUCAUGUCUACCACAUCUCUAAUGAAACACAGUGUAGCAAUCACAAUUACAGCAGUGAACGAUAUUAUCUGAAACACAUUAUCAGAGUGGAUGAAUAUUUCAGCCUAUUUUUUGUCAUAGGAUUUGUGUUUUCCACUUCAUUAACAGCAGUUGUCUUUUUUGCUGUUUUCCUUCUCUUUUCUCUCUGGAGACACAAGCGCAAGAUGCAGACAAACUCCAUGAAAUACCUCAGCAUGGAUGCCCACAUCAAAGCAAUGAAAUCAAUUCUCUCCUUCUUAGUGAUGUACAGCAUCAACUUUAUAAUUUUUAUUUUGACACUGAUUUAUGCAAGGAAGAAAGAAAAUCAUCAAUCCUAA